UCUCUCUCUCUCUCUUCUGUGUCGCCAUCUACACAAGCAGAGAGACACCCGGUAGCUCUCGCAGGCGAUCCCAGAGAUUCAAAAUCUUGCAGAGAGAGAUGUCCACGGCCCAGAAGGAGCUCGUUUACGUCGAGCACUGCAAGGGCGUCAAUGGCCUCGACAAGGUCGUCCUGAGAGAAGUCCGAGGCUGUUCCGCUGAGGUGUACCUUUAUGGUGGCCAUGUAACAUCUUGGAAGAAUGAACAUGGGGAAGAAUUGCUUUUUCUCAGUAGCAAGGCUAAUUUUAAUCCCCCAAAGGCAAUCCGUGGAGGUAUUCCAAUCUGUUUUCCUCAAUUCUCAAAUCUUGGCCCUCUCGAAUCACACGGAUUUGCAAGGAAUAGGUUUUGGAGCAUUGAUAAUGAUCCCCCACCUUUUCCUAUAAAUAGCUCCAACAAGGCGUUCAUUGAUCUUAUUCUAAAGCACUCAGAAGAAGAUGUCAAGGUCUGGCCCCACAGGUAUGAAUAUCGUCUGAGGAUAACUCUGGGCCCUGGAGGAGAUCUGAUGUUAACUUCUCGCAUCCGAAAUAUGAACACUGAUGGAAAGCCAUUCUCGUUCACAUUUGCAUACCACACCUAUUUUGCUGUUACUGAUAUCAGUGAAGUGCGUGUUGAGGGACUAGAGACGCUGGACUAUCUGGAUAACCUGAAGAACAGGGAGCGAUUCACGGAACAAGGGGAUGCAAUAACAUUUGAAUCAGAAAUUGACAGGAUUUAUCUCAGCACACCGACAAAGAUUGCUAUUUUGGAUCACGAACGAAAGAGAACAUUUGUCUUGCGGAAAGAUGGACUUCCAGAUGCCGUGGUAUGGAACCCCUGGGAUAAGAAAGCAAAAGCCAUGCCUGAUUUUGGGGAUGAUGAGUAUAAGCAUAUGUUGUGUGUUGAGGCUGCUUGUAUUGAGAAGCCCAUCACAUUGAAACCUGGUGAGGAGUGGAAAGGAAGACAGGAACUUUCCGCUGUACCGUCCAGUUAUUGUAGCGGCCAACUUGACCCAAAAAGAGCAUUGCAAUCUGGUUAAAAGGCUGAUCACUGUGUCAUGUCUCUUGUACAGGCACUCUCUACAUUCUGAAUUGGUGCUUUUGGCGAAUUAAUGCCAGUGUUUUUCUGAGGGCAAGUCAUCGUUCAAACUGUUCAUAUCCUAUUGAAGCACCCUUUUCUUUGAUUCCUAAAGGAUAGAAGACGCAGCAUUACUGGGCUUGGUUUAAUUAUGUAAAUUUCUAGGCCAGAAAAACAAUAUGAGAAAGUCCUGGCUGCUACUUUUUUGCUUCCUAUUUUCCUUUUUCCUUCCUGAAGCUGAUUGUAAUCUUCCUUUCACAAAUCUUGUCUCUGUCCACAAGGAACUCCUUUCUGUUCCUUGGCACUCUGCAAGCACAGUUUUAUUGUUCCUUCGCCUGAUAAUGAUAUAUUACAGCCGCUUUCAUGAACAA